UUACAUUUCACUGUGUGUCCCGUUAUUGGUUUGUUAUAUUGUUGUAAGGUAUAUUUUUAUUGACGCAAAUCAUGUUAGAAAAAACAGAAAUGACAGACAAUCAACAAUUAUCAAAAGAAGAUUAUCUAAUAAGACGAGCAAAUGAGGCUUUAACCACAGAUAUUUAUGCUGCUAAAUCUUGGUUGAUUACUGCUAAAUCUUUAUUUCCUCAUAGUGCUAAAAUUCAGUUUGAAGCUUACAGACUGGAGAAACUGUCAAAAAAUGUCAAAGAAGCAGCUAAAUGCUUCAGUGAAAUAUUUCAAAAUUUCCCUGAUGAUAGAGAUAUAUGGAAAGAAAUUGAGAGGAUAACUUCAUCGCUAAGAUCUGAACAAUGUGACGAGGAAGCAGAGUUGUUAUGCCAAAUGUUUCAGCACAUACCUCAAGAUCUGCAGCAUAGAUUAUUAAUCAUGACUGCAGAUCACAGUGAAGAUACUAUGGAACAUUGUAAAUUAUUAUUAUUGUUACUAAAACGCUUUCCUCAAACAAUUGCCACUCAUGGGCCUAGAUUAGUGGAGACCUUAUUGACAGCCGAAAAACACAGUCAUCCAGGGAAAGCUGUGAAUGGAUUUAGAAAAUUAUUGGCCUGUGAGGCUUUGCCACUUCUUGGUGGAGCUCCUGUUGACUUGAAUCCAAGACUCAGCUUAAGAUUGUUAUGCAAAGCAGUGGAUUUUUAUUUUGCUUAUAUACAACAGUCUCAAGAUUCUCAAAUUCAGAAACCAUGGGACAAAUUAUUUCAAGUUAUAGAACUAAUUGGUAAAAAGAUGGGCUGGGAGUUGAGCAAUCUAUUUACAUUACCUUGGAAUCGAGAUAUUUAUUGUGAUAGAAUUCAACAAUAUGCAAGUUUGAAUUCUGCAAACUUGAAUGAAGAACUUAUUCUGCGUCAAUUGUUAAUAUGUUCAAUAGUAGUAUUGAUAAGUAUAUUAACUGAACAUACCUCUUUAAUAAAUAACGAUGAAACUUCCUACUGUCUUGUAGAAGCUUUCGUGGAACCAGUUGUAUCAUACAGUACAGAACCUAAAGUUAAAAAAUUGAAAAGAGAGGAGUUUCCAGGAUCUGUAAUUACAUGUGAUGGUGAAUACAGUGGUAAUGGAUUAGCUUUGGCAGUGAGACUGUAUGAUCUGAUCCAUAGUACUGAACAUUUGCAGAGGGAAACUGUCAAAUUAGUACAACAAAUGCGUUUAGAAAAUUGGCUGAAUCCUUUUUUAAACGACCUUGCUAUGUACAAAGGCAUGCAUCAUGAACUUUUAUUAAGGCUUCCACAGGAAACAAAUAGUUUGAUCACUCAGCUACGACUAGCAAGUAGUUGCUUUUGCGUCAAAGACUAUAAGGCUAUGAUUGAGUACAUAACAAUGGCAGCAAACUCUCUGCCAAGCACAAGUGGGAAAAUUUCUCAUAAUUUGACAAUACCAGGACUCAGGCAUUUACAUUAUUUGACUUUAGCAAGGUUUCCCGUGUUGCAGUAUUGUUGUAGAUUGCUUCUAUCUGCUAUUAAAGACAGUUUUUCGUGGCCUGGAGGAGGUGGUGAUUUAGCUAUUGGCCAUGCACUCGUUUUAAUGCAAAUAGAUUGGCCGCAAGAAGCACUUAUGUUGAAUGCGCUUACAAAACAAAUUCUAAGCAGGAAAACUUUUAGCUACCCUUUGUUCCAAGCUUAUGUUAUUAAUGUUGAUAUUUUAGAAGAAUUAACAUAUUUGUGGACCGAACAAGGUGGAGGAGUUCAUCUUGAUAUAGCUGUAAAUACUGGAAUUUUACAAAAUCGUAGAAUAUCUACCAGAGGAGCCGACAAAGGCGUCCGCGAAGAAGUAAGAUUGACGAUGAGACGGCAAGCGGCCAGAGAUGGAGUAGAUCCACUUGAUGAAUUGCUUCAGAGAUUUAUUUUAAAUGAAAAGAAAGCCUUGCAACAUAGUUUAAUUUUACGAUAAAAUGCAAACUAAUUGAUUUUUCUAAUAAUAAA